AUGUCGAACACGCCACCGGAAUCUUCCACGGGUUUAGAUACCAACGAUCUCCACGAGAUCAGGCAGAAUCAUCUAACAACUCGGCUGGAGUUGUCCGAGGACUCCGAGAAACGUGAACAGAUACGAGGAAAUGACGGCAACAACCCCGACAGCGAUUGCGAAAGCGACACCAGCGAAGUGUUGAGCGUCGGUAGCGAACCGACGCCCACGAGCGUCGUUGGAAUCCGUGGCUGUGGUUCAGUCAGGUAUGACCAGGAAUCGGCCAGUAGUCGUGGCGACUUUCGCGACGAAGAAAACACGAGGACGUCGGCGACACCGUCGCCUUCUAGCUCGACGAGCUGCAACGAUGCGUUCUAUCAGCGAACGUCUAAUCACAUCCCUGCGCCGAGUCCACCGGCCUACAGUCAACCACCUUCGUCGCCUACGGCGUCCUCGGUCAGGUCGCCGGCUUCCUCGUCGGCAACUGCCUCCUCCCCGGGUCGCCCUGAGGCCAUUCAAGACGUCAUAGUGCCCAGGUAUCAAUCCAGUCACCCGCAACACUUACUACCACGAUAUUCCUCGAGGGAAACCGAGAUCCCCGAUUAUCCAGCUCGUGUUCAGCACAGUCUGAGUCACGAAAUUGUGUAUCCGACUGUCGAAAGACUGCACAGAACUCCGAUCAGCGUUCCUCUGGUAACGAGACUAUCGUUGUCACCACCGUCGGCCAUGACAGUCACCGGUCUGCAAGCUACCACCCCUGUUCUCCACCCUACAGCCUGCAGAGACCCGAGAGAAACUGCCUCUCUGAUGCCUCACCCGGGUCAACAUUUGCACCACGCGAACAGUCACGUUCACAUUCAUCAAACGUCCCAGGUGCAGCACGUACCGGCGAAUUCGGUGCAUCAGCAUCGAUUAUCCGUCAGUAAGAUUCUUCAGAGGGAACCUGGUAGUCCUGUCUCGCCUGGAGCCAGAGAGGAGAACGGAAGAACGUUGCCUGGCGCUAACGGUGUUCAGAAUAAUGGCAUCAACAACAGUAACCAUCGUAACAAUAACCAUAAUAACAAUAACAAUCUGCAACAUCAGGCUAGCUUGAAGUUCAGUAUAGAUAAUAUUCUAAAGGCAGACUUCGGUAGAAGGAUCACCGAUCCUAUUUCCCUGAAGAAAUCGCGUCCGAAGAAGGUGAGCUCGAGGCCCAUAGACCUGACGAAAGACUUUCUCGAGUCUGCCUCGGAAAGUUCGGAGAAGAGUAGCUCGGAAACGAGCUCUACGACCAACGCCACGUCCGGUGGUGGCGUUUCCACGGGGAAUUCAACCACGAACGCACCAGGACCACCUGUGACCGAGCCAGGGAAACAGUUACCCUGGCCUGCGUGGGUCUACUGCACCAGAUACUCGGAUCGACCUUCCUCCGGACGAAGGUCCUACCGUGUUGCAGGUCCGCGCACGAGAAGGGUGAAGAGGUCGGACGGCCGCGGCAAUGGCGGCACCCCGGAGGAGAAGCGGCCUAGGACCGCGUUCAGCGGUGAACAACUGGCAAGGUUGAAGCGUGAGUUCGCGGAGAAUCGAUACCUAACCGAGCGAAGGAGGCAACAGCUCUCGAGGGAUCUGGGCCUGAACGAGGCGCAGAUCAAGAUCUGGUUUCAGAACAAGAGGGCGAAGAUCAAGAAGGCCAGCGGCCAGAAGAAUCCGCUCGCCCUUCAGCUGAUGGCCCAGGGUCUCUACAAUCACUCAACGGUGCCACUGACGAAAGAGGAGGAGGAACAGGCGGCGGAGCUUCAAGCGAAAUGA